AAUUCAUUUUGGGCAAACCAUGAUCAUGUCGGUCAGCGCCCGAAUGAAUGUUGGGAGUGUAUGAAUGGCGAGCACUAGAUAAUAGAUAUUAUGUACCUGGUCAGACAUUGAUUUCGACGUCUGGCCUUUGCUCUCGUAUCACCCACACGGGCAGAGGAACCACCAACACGUCGGACAACUCCGCCAAGGCGUGACCUUACUUGGUUCGAUUACAUCUUCAAGCGCUAUAACACUAUUUGAUUUAUUGGCCCCUGAGGGGUCUUAUCGGGCAAUCCAAGUCAUCUUGCCUUGACCCUGUCCCAGCCGCGAGCACAGAUCUAAUGAGUGAAGUGGUAUCUGAAAUGCAAGACACGUCCUCUUCGAGGCCUUCUUCCGAGGAACUCGAUCGCGAGCCUAACGACGAAGCUUCCUCAAUGUGGAACGGGGUCAAUUACAUUCACAUUGAGACGACUCGACGUAUCGCUGGGAAAUGGUUGAUCGAUCCACACAUUUCACGACCUGUCUUUUCCCCUGGGGUAAGGCGAGCCAGUGGACUGGAACGACUACGAAGUGAAGCGGAGGGGAUCCUGUCAGAUGAGGGCGGCGCUCCUUUGGAUGGAAUCAACCUGAAUCUCCAGUCUGCAUCCCAAAUUGAUGCCACUGUGGGAAUUGGCACCAGUCGACCCAGUGGAGAGGCCUGCCAGCCCGAAGGUACCCAUCAUGAAUCGGCUGCGAUCUUCUGUGCUGCGGAGAAGGAUACAGUCCUUCGGAUUGUAAGUAUUCUUGAACAAGUUGGUUGCUCCUCAUCGAUUAACACACCUUGGAAUUCUGUUCGUCUCAGAGCAGCAGAGAUGAGCACGCCGUACGAAUGCUCUUAUUCAGCAAAUACGGUGACGUGCAAGUAUAUCUCCCCGAUGAUUUCCAAGGCCCCAUUGUGUAUCGCAUGGGGAGCGACGUUGAUCCCAGGACCACUUUUUCACCCCGAAUAAUGAAGAAGCUGGAGAUAUACGACGUCAGAGGGUCAACGUACGGCUGGCUGGGAAAGCAUGAUGGACCCGGGGGACGGCACGACGAGUUAUAUGCGUUCGCUUUGAGUGGCAGAGUCUAUAUCCAGUAUCACGGAGAGACGAUCCUCCCCUC